UGUCUCGCGCUUGGUGACAGCUCGCGCGUGCUGAUGAUGGCGGGCUUUUAUAUUGCAUUACUUUUUCUGAUGAAUAUCCAAAGCUUCUGAAAGGAGAAUUGAGGCUCCUAUUGACUGAAAUGGGGAUGUUCCAGCCUCUGGUUAUUGAAUUGCGAGAAUAUUUAAAUAUGAAUCGGUUAAAGCAGUGGAGCUUUAUGUAAGACAUGGAUAGAUGCAAACAUGUUGGGCGGCUAAGACUUGCCCAGGAUCAUUCCAUUCUGAACCCCCAGAAGUGGCACUGCAUGGACUGUAACACCACGGAAUCCGUUUGGGCUUGCCUAAAAUGUUCCCAUGUGGCCUGUGGAAGAUAUAUUGAGGACCAUGCACUUAAACACUUUGAAGAGACCAGGCAUCCUUUGGCUAUGGAAGUAAAUGAUCUGUAUGUAUUUUGUUACCUUUGUGAAGACUAUGUAUUGAAUGAUAAUCCCGAGGGUGACCUGAAAUUACUGAGGAGUUCUUUGUCUGCAGUUAAAAGUCAGAAGCAUGAUCCUUCUGCUAGAAGUGGUAGGACACUGCGGUCAAUGGCUUUGGGGGAGGAUGUUUGCAACCAUCAAAGAGCCCCUCAGGGACAACCUCAGAUGCUUACAGCUCUCUGGUAUAGACGGCAAUCGUUGCUUGCAAAAGCAUUGCGAACAUGGUUUGAUAAGAGUUCUAGAGGCCAGCGAAAACUAGAACAAAAGAAGCAAAUGGAAGAACUGGAGAGGAAAAAGGAAGUGGCCAGGCAGCGACGUCAAGAGAUGAAGCGGAGAUUGUUGGAGGAGCUGGCAAGCACUCCUCCGAGAAAAAGUGCCAGGCUUUUGUCACACAUUCGCAGAGAGAAUCUGAUUCCUCGGAAAUUCAGAGAUAUGGAAGCAAGUUCCCCUACCUCAAGACGAGUGCAGAGUAGCAAAUUCAAACAAUUCUACUCCAUCCAGCGUAAACCUCUCAUGACUCCUGGUGUGACUGGACUAAAAAAUUUAGGAAAUACAUGCUACAUGAACUCUAUCCUUCAAGUAUUAAGUCACCUCCAGAAAUUUAGAGAAUGUUUCCUGACGCUGGAUCUUUGUGAAACUGAAGAACUCUUAGCUAAGACCGUGAUCGGAAAAUCUAGAAUGUCUGGAAAGCUAGUUAGUGGACCUACUCCUACUGAGUUGGGCAAAAACGAUCGACUGAGUUCAUUUGGCAGACAAAGCCUGUCUGUUGGUUUAAAUGGGGGGUCCUCAAUAAGCAAAAGUUUAGAACUAAUACAGCCCAAGGAGCCAAGUUCAAAGCACAUCUCUCUUUGUCAUGAACUGCACACACUCUUCAGAGUCAUGUGGUCUGGGAAGUGGGCUUCAGUGUCUCCUUUUGCCAUGCUACACUCUGUGUGGAGUUUGAUUCCAGCAUUUCGGGGUUAUGAUCAGCAAGAUGCUCAGGAAUUUCUUUGUGAAUUGUUGGACAAAGUGCAGCAAGAGCUGGAAUCUGAAGGAACAAAACGCAGGAUCCUCAUCCCUUUUUCACAGAGGAAGCUCACCAAGCAGGUCCUGAAAGUGGUGAACACCAUUUUUCACGGGCAGCUACUCAGUCAGGUCACUUGUAUAACAUGUAACUAUAAAUCCAAUACUGUGGAACCCUUCUGGGAUCUUUCCCUGGAAUUUCCUGAACGCUAUCACUCGAUCAAUAAAGGGAUUGUGCCUGUUAAUCAGACGGAGUGCAUGCUGACUGAAAUGUUGGCCAAAUUCACAGAAACAGAAGCUUUGGAAGGGAGAAUUUAUGCAUGUGACCAGUGUAAUAGCAAACGACGGAAGUCUUCUCCCAAACCUCUUAUUCUAAGUGAAGCUAAAAAGCAGUUAAUGAUCUACAGACUACCUCAGGUCCUCCGGCUGCACCUUAAACGAUUCAGGUGGUCUGGACGUAAUCACCGUGAGAAGAUUGGGGUCCAUGUCCUCUUUGACCAGGUAUUAAACAUGGAACCUUACUGCUGCAGGGAUACUUUCUCCUCUCUUGACAAAGAGACCUUUGUCUAUGACCUCUCGGCUGUGGUGAUGCAUCACGGGAAAGGGUUUGGCUCAGGACAUUACACGGCAUAUUGCUACAACACGGAGGGAGGGUUUUGGGUCCACUGCAAUGACUCCAAACUGAAUGUAUGUAGCGUGGAGGAGGUAUGCAAAACCCAAGCGUACAUUCUUUUUUAUACACAAAGAACUAUACAGGGCAGAGCAAGUAUCUCAGAAACACAACUUCAAGCUCAGGUGCUGUCCAAACACAAUGUUAGAAGACUGACACUCCCCUGAAAGGAAACAUUACUAUCUCAAUCAACUGAUUCUUUUUCAAGAGCCUUUGGAGUUAACUCAGCUAGGCAGGAACAAAUAGUGCUGCAGGAAUUUUGGAUCCACAGUCUGGAAAAGUUGUCGUCCUAUUAUGUGCAACUCUGUUCUAUGAGAUUGUAGCAGAACAUCUAUUUUUUUUAAAGGCAGAUGCAUUUGUAAACCCUUCCUCCUCCAAACAAAGAACAACAGCCACCAAUGUCUAGGACCAUUUAUCUUCUUUCAAAGAGGAAUUGCUAUGUGGCAUGAAAAAGUAGGCACAUCCAAAACUUCUGUGUACAGCCAGGAUACAAAGCCAUUAAACGGACCAUAAACAUAUACGUUACUUAAGAAAAUAAAUGAACAGGUACAGUAGAAUUCUAUUUCUGUUCUGUUGAUGUGGUGAACAGUUGUUGUGCCUGUUGGUGCAAAUAACUUGCCAAUUAUCAUACAUCAUUCUUUCCAACCAACGUAAUUUAGGUAGAUAGAAUUGUACUGUACUAAAACUCUUGCAGUGAUUUUCUACACUGGGAAAAUAUGCUCUGUGGUCCUUGUUUGUAUCUUUUUGUAUAACAAAACAAAUUUUUGCACCCUAUAAUUACUCCAGUCUGUUGGAAUGAACAAAAGUGGAAAUUAUAUACCCAUCUGAGUAAUUUGUUACAUACUUCAAUUUGAAUCUAGGCUAAAAUGACAGGAAUUGUUUUCCUUCCCCAUCUAAUCUUAUUCUUAACAACUGCUAACAAGACAGGUACUUAAACUGAAUUUGCAACCUAACUUUUCCUGUGUAAUUAUAAUAGUUAAUAUGGGAUACAUUAUUUCAAGGAUUUCAUCGUGUACUGGUUAUCAUAUGAUGAUCACUGCAUGAAUAAGUCAUGUGAAUCCAUUCAGGUUCACGGUGAAGCUUUGGUUUCCAUUAUUAAUGACACAUAGUUCAACAGAAGCAGAUUUUUAAAGAAUCACCUCUUACUCUAAAUGCAUAAUGUUUUCUCGUGUACAAGAAAAAAAUGGUCAGGAAUAUAGUAGCCAUCACAUAAAGAGACAGGACCAUUUCCCCCUAAUAAUAUCCUCCUUUUCAUGACCAUUUUUCUAUUUGGUUUCCCCUUUGUUGUGUUUUUGGGAGUCUUAAAGAGGUUUUUUUUGUGGGGGGGGAGUCUUAUUGAGAAAGAGCCUGCACCUAAAAUGUGCACCUAUAUCCUCUUUUUCCCCCCAGUUGCUGUUCUUGCUGUCUCAGAGACAUAAUACACACACAGCUCCAGAAAUCUAGCUUCAAAACUCCGAUAUAUGUCUAAAGGAAAGGCACAUGACCACUUCAUCUGAACUUUAAAUAUCACUAAUGUGCUAUUUAUCAUGGCAACUUUUAAUUGUUAACUUUCAUGAUUACCACUGUUUCAGUUCUUUGUGAAGGGCGUAUUUGGAAAACACAGACCUCAGUUGCGGCUAAGCAACUUGCUGCCUUUCAGUUAAGAAAUACCGAUGUACAGCAUAGAAAUCCCAUAUUAUUCAUUUAAGGUACAUGAAAUGGAUUCUUUUGCUGGUCUGUACACAGCCUUGAAAAAUGCAGGCUUUUUCACAAGGCCAUUCAUAGCUGAUCUGUGGUUGUGGCUAGCCAACCAAGAAUAUAAAUUGCAGUGUAUAAGAUUCAGCUGUCAGCAGAGUGGGGGGAAAUGGUGUUUACAGAGAUCUGCAACAAGCCCAAUUCAAGCAUGGUAGUGACAAGCUGGAGGUUUUUAAAACAAAAAUUGACGUGGUUCUGGCAUAUGCAGUGUUUUCAUGUGCUUUCCUGUGGUAACUCUGAACCUGUAUUUCUAAGUCCAUCAGCGAGUUCCUGAUGAAACUGAAUCACAAAAUAAUGAAGGAAAGGCCUACAGACUUGUCUCUUAUUCUGCUAUGGCACUAAAUUGGAAGUGCAUGGGAUUCUUGCAUGCAGUGUUAGUCUUGACUCUAUGAUUCACUUUCUGAUUGUUAGAUUGUGAUCUCCAGUCAAAUGGAUAGGAACACUCAGAGCCAGGUGUGACUUAUAAAACAACAUAAUUGCCAUUCCAGAAAGUUUUUCUUAGCAGAAGCGUUCUUAAUAAAUUCACGGUUCAAGUGUUGUAGUCAUUGAUUGAAGAGACAUUUAAGCAAUUUAAUGUAAGUUGAAUCACAGUGCAGAUUUUGGGGGUGGGGGGGUAGGAUUGCCUUAGGAAGGUGAAUUAAUUUGCAAAAAUCAGCACUUGAUUUUUACACCAUGAAAAGCUUUGCAAGGACUAUCUUCAGGAAAGAUAGUCAGGGCUGAUGUCCAGACUAGUAAGCCACCUCGCUUAUUUUGCUUCAAGAUUAUCACUAUUUCAGAUUGUUCCUCUAUUCAAGAAUCUCAACAAAAAAAUGAAAGGCAGUCAUUUUUAUAAAUUAAGAUCUUUCAGCCACUCCCAUUUACACAAACACUUAUCCAUUCCAUUUUCUCCCCAUAUUUGUUUUCUUAUGUUCUCAUUCAGUGCCAUAAAAUAUCUUGCUCCCCCAACUCCACCCCAAGCAUUCACAACAUCACCAGGAACAUCUAGCAUGUAACAUUUGAGCUGUUUCUACUCCCAUAAAGAAAGGAAAAUGCUGCCUGGCAGCUAGGCAAUUUGGAGAGGGUUCUCAGGGGCUCUAGUUCUUGGAUUCUACAAUUUGAGUUGUUGAGCUCUCUUGUGUGCCCAUCUGCCUUCUUCCUCAUCCUUGUGGCAAUGGCUGAUAUGGAAUAUGUCAGAGGUUACCCACCUCUAAAAAAAGCACAACUACAAAGAUUGAUUAAUAACUGGCACACCUUCCAUUAAUACUCACAUUUUUAUUGUGUAUUGCAUCCAUAUUUGAGUAAGUAGGAGCACCUGACACUUACAGGAGAUGCAUGGGGAGGAAGAUAACAGGGCACUCAGAGGAUGCUUUACAUUUCCCAAGAUUUGAAAAGUCAUAGCCUCUCAUGUGAAUAACAGUGCCAUGGGAUGUAAAAAAAAAUGUGCAAUUAAAUGUUAUCUUGAGAGAUGGAAGUAACUUACUUUUGAAUUGAGCUUGCUGUUCCCAACACUGUGAGGUUUCUGUAAUAUUAGCUUUUAUUUGGAAGCGAUAGUGUAUAGCAUUUUUAUGCUGUUUCUUUUUAUCUGCUGCAAGCAGUGUUCUUGCUAUUCUGUGUACACUGUUUUAAAGUGUCCUGGUUGGCAGAAAAUGUAAUCAUUGCCUGUUCUUGAUAAUUCUAUCUAUUGCCAUUAUAAUGGAAGCCUAACAGAAUAACAAAUGAUAACAUGUCUUCCCUUAUUAAUUUUUCUAGCCACAUUCAACUCCUUUGUUUGCAUAUAUAUUAACUGCAGAGCUGACAGGAUCAGCCCUGAUUUGAACAUAUUUAUCAUACAGCAGUGAUUCAUUCACACAAGUCACUGUACCAGCAAAGAUAUGACUAAAAGCACAUACAAACCUGUUAAACCAUGGUAGCAGUUUAGUCCCCUUAAGAGUUACAUGAUCCUAAGUAUGCUGACUAGGAAGCAAGCCCAUUAACUUGAGUAACUUACUUCUGCAUAAACAUCUUUGGGAAACAGCCUUUCAAUUUACCCACAGGAGUAAGCUGGCUACAUUUAAAAAUUAAUCAUUGAAUUCAGUAUAACAAAGCUAAUUUUGUGCCUAUUGCCAAAACUAGUGAUGAAAAAUAAAGCUGAGUGAAGCAAUUCAGGAUAUCAUUUUAAAAAAAAAAAAAAGUAUUAAUGUAACUCAGUUUUUAUUAAUUUGAUAUAUCUAUCUAAAAUUUGCAGAAUAAACAGCUCCUAAUCAAAACUAAAUGUGUAGGGAGAAGAAAAAGAAGAAAAUAAUGGCAUUCUUUUUCUAUUAGGUAACAAUGGAAAAUAUUACCAAUUUUAUCAAGCAAGUUAGGACAAUAUCCUAGCAUAUUUCUUUCUGUUGUAUGGUAAAGCUGAACGAUGGAGAUGCUCUUUUUUAUUGCUGUUGCUUUUGAAUGAGCUGUUUUCAUUCACUUCAGGGAAAGUUUAUACACAUGGAAAUUAAAAUGCACAAGUAAAUGUGUUGUAUGGAUUCAUAAGGAGAUGCUAAGAAAAAAGCAUGUCUCUUUUUAGAUACAAUCUCUUUCUGAUUGUAAAAUUCCAUUAUGUUUUGUGAAUGUUAUGCCUAAGGAAAGAAAGUGAACAAGUGAAUUUUAAAAUAACAAUUAUCCCCAGCACAGAUUGCAGCCACAUCCAACAGUAUUGCUGACUAGUUUGUUUAUGAAUUGGGUGAAAGUUGGGUAUAGGAUUAAUUUUGCCUCCUGAUAAAACUUUAUGAACAAUUUUUUAAAGUUUAAAAUGGUGCCUUGUACCUAACUACAUUUUGCAUGGGACACAAGUUUUUAGUUUCUUCACUCCCAAAUCUGAGUCUUCACAAUACUUUGGUAGCAGGUUUGGGUUGGUUGUUUUGUUGUUCAUUUGUUUUUUUACAUUUCAUAUCCAUAUGUGAAUGGGAAAAUGUUUCUUACCAGCAACUUGAUGUAUUUUAUUGUAUAUGUCUAAAUACUGUAUUUCUAAUGAUGCAAAUGAUUUUCUCAAAAGUAGAUCAUUUGGGGUUUUAUGUUAAAUCCUUGUAAGUUUUUUUUUUUGAGGUAGGAUUAUUCCUCUUUAAGCAAGUAAUUCAUAAUCAAAACACAAAUGGUAAGAAUCCCUAGAGAAACUUAUUGACAAAGCAGUUUGGAAAAGGCUCUUAAACUACUGACUGGUGCCUUGCAAGAUAAUGGUUCUCUUUUGCCAUGAUAUUCCUUCUCUUACUUCUGGUUAAAGAUGACAAUGACUCAACAUAUCUUCAUGCAGUUAAUAAUUUAAUAGUAUGUAUCAUGCUUAUAUAUAUAUAGUUGUUUGAAUAUAAAAAUAAUUAACAAAUCAACCAUCUACUGAAUACUAUUUCAUGAAAUUAGGCCUAACAUCUAGUAGUCUAAUAACUGAAAAUAUGUUCUUAAAUACAGCACCUUGAAUAAGAUUAUUCAUGGUUACUAUUGCAUAGCUGCAAUAUACCUAUUUUGAGUUGUAACACUUUUCAAUAGGGUCAAGACUGGCUGAUUAUUUGUAGUCCAGACCAUGCAACAAUGCUACCAAGAUGCAGGCUAAACUGUGUUCUUCAAAUUCAUUAUAAAUGGGGCUAUAAAUAGGAAAAUAUUAGAUACACUACCAACAGUGUUAAAAUAUUUCAUGGAACUUUACUUGCAGG